AUGAAUAUAUCAAAAUUAUUUUAUUUCUUCAUUUAUCUAAUAGUUGUCAAUAUAGAAGUUCCUUGCUUAUCAAUGCAGGCUGAUGCUCCUUUUAAAGGGGAUUCAAGUAAUCUAGAAAGUAAUAAUGAUACGAAUACGGAGGUAAAUUCUGAAAAUGAGGCUCCAUAUACUGUUAUAAAUGAUCUUGAGAAAUAUAUAAAUGAUAUUGUUUUAAAAGGAUUUAAUAACUCUUCACCUAAUAAAAAGAAAGAUUUAUUAAAACAUAGAGAAGGUUUGAAAAAUGUUAUUCAUGAAAUAAUAAAAAGGAAACAUAAAAUUUCGAUUAAUCAAAGAGACUACAUAGUUACUAAGGCUAUUUAUGAGCUGUUGAAAGGAUCUUUAGAAUUCAUGGAAGACAUAGAUCAAGAAAAGAAAGAUAUUAAGAAUCGUUGUUUCUGGAUGAAAGAGUAUCACGACAGUGUACGAAAUUCAGAAUGGCAUGACCUUAUUAAAAUUAUGAAAGAUGAAUUUACAAUCAGAGAAACACCAGAGGAUUUGACUAACAAUGAAAAAGAAGAAUUAUGGGAGAUGUGGUAUAGUAAUUUAAUGAAAAGAAAGAUGGAGGAUGAAUUAACACAAACAACCUGGUUUAUCAAUAUGAUGGAUCAACAAGAAACGGAAUCAUCAUUUAAGACAUUUUUCGAUAGUUCUUCAUUAUCAUGGAAUUCUUAUAAAUCUUAUUUAAUUAGUGAGAUGAAUAAGUUUUUAACAAGAGAAACUAUGAAAAGGUCUAAGAUGUCAUAG